AUGCGCGUUGUCACCACUAUACGCGAUGUCCUCCUCUGCAGGAAACGCCAACGCGACUCCCCCCUUCCAACUUCUAUCCUCAAACGUUCCAUAACUGUACAGCUUGAUCUUUCGUCGUUCAACGCCGUCGUCGUCAUGGUGCUCCGUUCUCUUGGUCGUUCCGCUAUUGCGCCAUGGGUCAUUUUGCCAGCCGCAAUUCCAGUGGGAUACCUCAUUUACCUGUACUGGCAAGGCCACCAAAAUACGACCGCAGUCAGGGGACAUCGUCGAAAGUCGUCACCGCCAGCUUCGGGCUCCCCACCACAACCACAUGAUCCGAUAAGCCUUCCGGCAGAAGUCAAGUCCGAUUCGCAAUGGGUUGUCGUCUAUGAGCGCGUCGUCUCCAAGCCCGUACCCAUCGCAUCUCUGUCCUAUGCCAUCAACGGAUCACCAAGCUCACGAAAGUGGCGACCGACUCAGCCAUCUCCAUUGCUACGGGAGUACGUUCGAGCAACGCACAAGGCCUUUAGCUGGACACCCCAGGCGAUGCUCAUACGCACCAUGGUAGGUGGAAAGAGUAUUCGAACGACAUUUGAUGGUACUUGGAUCAACAGCUUGACCUUUGCUCCGGGCGAUCUGGUGAACGGCAUCUACAGGGUGGCCGAGCAUUGGAAAGAUAAGUCGUCUCUGUCGGAACGCUCGGAAUUGAUGAUGGAGGUUCCCCCAUCCUACAAGGGCCCGUCCGUUCGGGGAUUGCUCGUCGCCGCCAUUGAGCCGGCCCCAUUCACCGACUCGAAGCGACAUGGAGAGAGUGUUGUGUUUGUCAACGAAACGUGGAUGUGGAGGCGAACAGAUGAGAAGCCUACACUCCUCGAAACCUCCUUUGGAAGAUGGUUUCACACCCAGCUCGCUAGCUGGCUCAUCUUGAGGGGGCUCAGCGCAGUCACGGGAGGUGGAUGCAAGCAAUAG